AAACGUGUGACUGAAGGAUGUUUCUGCCCUGGGGGUACAAUGCCAUUCAGCCCUGCACUGGAUGUUUGUGUAUCUACAUGUGGAUGCGUUGGACCUGACAGGAUACCACGGAAGUUUGGAGAAGAGUUCCAGUCUGACUGCCAGAAAUGUGUUUGCAGAGAAGGUGGCAGUGGCAUCAUUUGCCAGAAACGCCAGUGUUCCAAGGUGAAACCCAUCAAGUGUGAUCUGGAAGGUUUCUAUGCUGAUACUCAGAUCAAUCCUUUGGACCCCUGCUGCAAUGCAUCUGUGUGCAAAUGUGAUCCCAACAAAUGCUCAACCAAUCCU